AUCUUUAUCUAAUCUAAAACCUCAAAAACAAUAAAAAUGUCCAUAAUUUCUUCAUUUCCUCAUUUUAAAUUCACUUUCUCAAUCUCAACUCAAUCAUUCCCAAAUCAAUCCCAAAUUUCUUCUUCUUCAUCAAUCUUUCAAAAUUCAAGAAAUUUAAAAAAGCCUCAAUCUUUUUGCUCAUUUAAUUCUUUAAACAUAAAAUUAAGCUCUGCCCAUCAAAUUAUUACAAGGGUUAGCAAUAGUAGUGGCUCAUUUGAUGACUCUGCAUCACCAAAAGUUUCUGAUUUUGAAGCGAGCAGGUCAUCGAGUUCUGGUGAUGAGUAUGUAGGGUUGUUUAUUAGGAUGUUAGGAUUAGACAACGAUCCCUUAGAUAGAGAGCAAGCAGUUGAUGCAUUAUGGAAAUACUCUUUGGGUGGAAAGAAGUGUAUCGAUGAAAUUAUGAAAUUCCGUGGUUUGGUUCCCCUUACUGUAAAUCUUCUGAAUUCGGAGUCGAGUGUUGCGUGUGAAGCAGCUGCUGGGCUUUUGAGAAUGAUAUCCUCGGUUAAUAUCUACAGAGACUCUGUAGCCGAAAGUGGUGCCAUACAAGAGAUCACUGGCCUCUUGAGACGUUCUUCAUUGACUUCUGAGGUAAAGGAGCAAAGUCUAUGUGUGUUAUCAAACUUGUCUGUAGAUGAGAAGCUUCGGGUCCAGAUUGCAAACUCUGAUCUCCUUCCUUUACUUAUUAAGUUCUUGGAUGAUGAAGAUAUGAAGGUUACAGAGGCGGCUGGUGGUGUUUUGGCUAAUUUAGCAUUGAGUGAUACUAAUCACAAAAUUAUGGUCGCAGCAGGUGUUAUCCCGCGACUGGCAAAGUUUCUUAGCACUAAUACUGAAGGAUCUAAGGUCAUUAGAAAGGAAGCACAAAGUGCAUUAUUGGAGCUUGCAAAAGACGACUAUUACAAAAUUCUUUUAAUAGAGGAAGGUCUGGUUGUAGUUCCUUUAGUUGGUGCAGCCGCCUACAAGUCAUUCAAACCAUCUUUACAUUCAUGGCCUUCUUUACCCGACGGGUCAGAGCUGAAUGUGAAACAAAGUUUGAAGGGUCCAUCAAGGUUCGGUGCAUCAGAAUUACUUCUGGGGUUACAUGUUGAAGAUGACAAGAAAACAAAAUUAGAGGAAGCCAAACAGAAUGCAAUAGUUGGUAGAACACAACAACAGUUUCUAGCCCGUAUUGGAGCUAUAGAAACAGAAGAUGAAAGUAAUAAAUUGGAGAAUCAGAAAUUUACAAUUUUGCCGUGGGUUGAUGGUGUAGCUCGCUUGGUUUUAAUUCUUGAAUUAGAAGACGAAUUGGCUAUCACUAAAUCUGCAGAGGCUAUUGCUGAUGCUUCUAUUAGUGAGCAUAUGAGGACAUCUUUCAAGGAGGCGGGUGCUGUAAAGAAUCUUGUCCGGCUUAUAGAUCAUCCCAGUGUGUCUGUUAGAGUAGGUGUUAUUCGUGCAUUAGAAAGGCUUUCAGUCAGCAAUGAUGUUUGCCAGAGAAUUGAAGCGGAAGCUGUUUUGAAUCCUUUGAUAGGAUCAUUGAAAAAUCUGGAUGAGCUUGGAAAUGCAACGGAUAUGAUCCUGAAUAUUCUUGCUCGCAUUUUAGAUCCUAGCAAAGAAAUGAAAUCAAAGUUUUUUGAAGGACCAGUCAAUGGAUCCAGAAAAGUAUGGAAUGAAGCAAGAACUCCCUUCUCGGAUACAACUUUCAGCUCUGAAACCAUUCAAGAGGGCGACCUUUCCAACUCUGAGUUCCUUUCUUGCCUGAUUGGAAUCUUGACAACGGUUUCUCCUGUUUUGCAAGCAAAAGUCGCCUCCAUACUUGAAUUCUUGACAACAUUUGAGACUUCCAGAGAGAAAAUCAUCUCACUUGAUAUUGAAUCUGCUUUGAACUCCCUUUUCGAACACAAGCUUUUCAAUGGCGAAGAAGACAUGGAUACAGAAAGUGAGUUUCAGGAAUUAGAAAUCCAAGCAUUAGAACUUGAAGAAGCUGGUAUUGCUGUAUCUGCAGCUUCACGGCUACUCACGCGUCUGCUUGACUCCGAACAUUUCAAAAAAACAGUAAACUCAUCUCGACUCACUGACACCCUCCGUAAGAUCCUCACCUCAAAAAUUCCACUACAAUACAAAGAUUGGGUUGCAGCAUGCCUCGUUAAACUUGGCUCAUUAUCCGGCUUAGCUAAACUCGGGCCAGAAAAUCCGAUAAAUACUGAGGUUAUGCUCUAUGAGACAAUCCCGAGACUAAUAGAGCAAAUCCAAGAUUCUUUCUCCCCUGAAUCCCGGGAAGUUGCGGUUUUGGAACUCAACAGGAUAGUAUCUGAAGGGGUUGUGGAUCCCACUCUGGCUGUGGCCCGUAAAGGAGGGAUAUUUCCAUUGGUGAAGGCGAUUGAAGAUGGAAAUGAUAGGGUGGUGGAAGCCGGUUUGGCUAUACUUUAUAAUUUAAGUAUGGAUACUGAGAAUCAUGCAGCCAUUGUGGCUGCAGGGGCUGUGCCGAUACUGAGAAGGAUUGUGCUUUCAGAGAGGCCACAAUGGGUUCGUGCUCUUCGUCUUCUCAGGACAUUACCUGUUUAAAAUAGUGAGACUUCAAAGUGUAUUAUUUUCAGCUUGAUAAUUAUAAAACAGGGGUGAUGUUGGAUUGUUGAUGUCCCAUUUUUUGUAGUGAAAAUGUAUGAUACUAACAAAAUUAAUUGAGUAAUUGGAAUGGAAAGCUUCCCUGAA